CCUGUAUUUUUCAUUUCAGUCAGAAGCAAAAAAAAUGUUUCGUGGUCUUUUCUUGUUCGUCAUUGUCGCGACCCUCGCCCUCGGCUUGGGCGCCCAGACGGAAGCCCUGCCGUCCCCCAACAGCACGGUAGCAGGGCAUUCGGCCCCCGACGAGCCCGUGGCUCCUCUGGCCACUGAAAAAAAGCAACUCGAGCAAGAGAUCUGUGCUACAAGUAAGGCUCAAAAUGUCACAGCGCUUGACUCAGACAAAGGGCCAAAGAAGGUCGUGGUAACAGAGAAAAAGCUUGAAGAGUUCCCUGAAAAUGUUACAAAGGAAGUCACUGUAACAAGAAAGGCCGAGAAGGGACCUUCGAAUGAAACACAGGAAAACAUUGUUGUUGAGCGGAAGACUGUCCACGAUAUAGACUCAGACAGUGGUAACCCGAAGAAGAAUGUCACUAUAGAGAUUGAGUCAGAAGAUAAGGUUUGCGACAAUACGACAGAGCAUGUCACAAAGCCCACUGCUGAGCCUGUCGAAACCAACCAAAGCAAACACGACUUGGAAACGGAAGUUGAACACUUGAAGCACGAAGAAGAAAAGGUAAAGAAAGAACUGAAGAAAGAAGAGGCAAAGACCGGAAAGGUUGUGCCUGUUAACGAGACAGAAGCGGUAGAAAACAAAACAAAAGAAGAGGCAAAGACCGAAAAGGUUGUGCCUGUUAACGAGACAGAAGAGGUAGAAAACAAAACAAAAGAAGAGGCAAAGACCGGAAAGGUUGUGCCUGUUAACGAAACAGAAGCGGUAGAAAACAAAACAAAAGAAGAGGCGAAGACCGGAAAGGUUGUGCCUGUUAACGAAACAGAAGAGGUAGAAAACAAAACAAAUGAACAAGUAUCCUGCGAUGCUUGUCGUAGAGAACUUGUGAUGCUAAAGUCAAUAAACAGAAAACUGCUUGCGGCGCUGAAAAAGCUGCUGAUGAAAAUGACCCCCGAGAUGAGGGAGCAUACCGCCAAGAUAAUACUACAUGAGGCCGCUCCGCCAUUGGAGUCAAGAGAGAAGCCUGUGAACGCCACGCGCGCCGAGGCGGAGACACCAACUGCAGCCAAGACUAAGCAGGAGGCUGUAGAGGCGAAGCCCAUCAUUGCUAAAGAGGCGACAGAGGCGUAACCUGUCUCGCGAGGCUCUUGUGAGAGUUUUGAGAGAGUCUUGUCGCAGUGGCCUCGUGGCGUUACGGCAAACAGCAUGCCUCUGCUGAUAUGAGGCCUGGUUACUCUUAUUAUUUUGUCUUUAAUUAACAUUUCUAAC